GUUUACAACCACAAGCAGAUAGCACAGAGAGGAACGUGAUUGAUCAGGUCUUACAUUACACCUCUCUUCUCCAUCUAAAAAACGAAGGCUCAUUACCAGAAGAAGAACCGAUGAUGGCUAUUUCUUUCUCUCCUCCUCUUCUCAUGGCCUCUAAAACCCGAAUCCUCGCAAUCCCUAACCGCACCCCUCUCUCUCCUCCCACUCCCACCUCUCUUUCCCUCCUCCGCCGCACUACCUCCCUGAUCUCCAAACCCCCAACCCUCAGUCUCUCUCUCCUCCGCCCCAAAUCCAACCUCCUCUCCGCCGCCGCCUCUUCCUCACCUCCUCCACCACCAAUUCCCGCCCAAAACCCUACCCACCACUCCCCACUCACCGGGUCAACCCGGACAAUCACAACCAUCUUCUCCAUCGCCCUCUCCAUCUCCAAACUCCUCGCUCUCAAUCUCGUCGGAGGUAUCUUCAACACUCCUCCCACUGCGACGGGGCCGCUGUUCUUCGCGGCCAUAGGCCAGGGGGCCGACCCCAGGUCAGCGGGCGCGCCCAUCGCGGUUAUCGCGGCGGGGCUGGCGAGGUGGCUUGAGAUAUACAGUUGCGUUUUGCUGAUUAGGGUUUUGCUCAGUUGGUUCCCAAACAUGCCGUGGGAGAAACAGCCGCUUUCGGCGGUUAGGGACUUGUGCGAUCCUUACCUGAGUCUUUUCAGGGGCAUUAUCCCUCCGUUGUUUAAUUCACUGGAUGUUAGCCCCAUCUUGGCUUUCCUCUUGUUGGGGAUGCUGGGGCAGUUUGCUAGAGCACCCAGGCCUUAAUGUCUUAUUGAACAAGAUUGGGAGGCUUUUGGGUUGGUAGUUGUGUGGCAUCUAAAGUGAUCAAGGGUUACAAAGUUUAGUGCGUUCAAGAUUUGUUAACUGUUUUGUUUUCCUUUUUGGUGGUUGUAACAAGGUUGUAGCCGGCAAUUUCCAGAUAUUUUCUUCCUUUGGCGGCAUACUUUUCUAGGUGAAAAUAAGGUACUGGUUGUUUAUCUUGUGCUAAGGAAAGAUUAUGUGAACUGCUAAAUAGAUGUCUCACGGUCUUACCGUAGCCUUGCAAUUUGUGCUGUGAGGUGUGUUGUGUUCCAUCCUGGUUUUGUAAUUGUUCUAAUGCUGCUGUCCUAAAUAAAGGUCUUUUUUUACUA